AUCCCAGACGACCAACAGAUCAGAGCGAUCUCCGAUCUCAGACGACCAACCCAGAUCAGAGCGAUCUCCGAUCUCAGACGAACAACCCAGAUCAGAGCGAUCUCCGAUCUCAGACGACCAACCCAGAUCAGAGCGAUCUCCGAUCCCAGACGACCAACAGAUCGGUACCAUGUGAGAACGAAGGAGAGAACCGCCGCGAACAACAGAACCCGGACGAGCGUGUCACUGAGCUGAUCCAUCAGGAGCUUCAGGAUCGACUAAUCCUCGUGCUUCUCCAGUUCGUUCCAUCCGUACACCGCCCGGCGCUUCUCGACUUCCUCCUCCGACAGCCCCGAGGCUCUGCUGACCUUGAACUCGUCCUCGCAUUCCUGAAGAAACUGAACCUAUAUUGGAUGAGGCUGCGGUGCAAAAUAUAUUUUUAAAGUCCCUAGACAACUAUAUAAAGUGGUGUAACUACUUGUGCAUUCAGCCAGUUUGGAGCAAUUUGCAGUCAGUUAGGAAGGAGAAAAAGCUACUGUUUGUUUCCAUGUACUGUUUGAUCUGGGGUGAAGCAGCCAAUUGAAAGCUUGGAGUUAGGCUCAUUAGGCAAGCAUUGGAAGCGGAUGAUUGGCUUAGCUCUGACUUAAACAAAUUGAGAUAACAAAGCGUGCUAAUCCGAAGAAGAGAAUCAGAGAUUCAUUUGAUGAUGACAAUGAAGACCUGGAAAACUUGCCGACGAAUCUGCCAUUACCAGUAAAGGACUUGUGUAUGUGGGCCAAGACUGAAUUGAUGGAUGGCGCCACAAUCCACACAACAUUUGGUGGGGAAAUUUUCGGCCAUUCUAGGAAAGCCGUCAUCUUUAGAAGGGAUAUCUAUAACAUGGCUAACAUGCUGGAAGUAUCUGGAGGAGUCAUUGUUUUUUACAUGAGCUACAUUUAUGGAGUCCUGAAGAAGUCUAAGAUGCUUGAUAUGGUUGGCUUUAUGGACCCUGCACACACCGGUAUAAUUGGGUGUGGAAAUCCCACUGAACGGGCACGGUCUAUGUCAAAUCGGUACAUGUUAGGGAAACCGGGGCAAAUAUUUUUGGUUCCAUAUAACUCAGGUGCUCAUUGGAUGUUGUCGGUGGUGAACCCGGAUGAAGAAGCCGUGCAUUUCAUGGAUCCGCUAAAAAGGCGACUUUGUGCUGGUGAAUGGAAAAGUAUUGUCGACAACUCUAUUAAAAUCUUCAAUGCCCAAAAGGGUAGGAAAGGAAGGAAAAUAAUCCAAUGGAAGAAUCUUGCUGGUAUUCCGGAGCAAACUGAUUCUAAGACUUGUGGUUAUUUUGUCAUGCGUUAUAUGAAAGAAAUUGUGGAGGACAAGAACUUGGAGUUUGCUACCAAGUGGGAAAGGAAAUCAAAUCUUGCUUACACACAGAAGGAUAUUGAUGUGGUUCGAGCUGAAUGGGCAAAUCAUGUUAUGAAGUUCUAACUUUGGUUCUGUUUAAGGUAGAUGAGUAGCACCAGCAACUGCUUUUGUGCAUUUAUAUAUAACUGAUGGAAAGUGUUGAUGAACCUAAAUUAUGCAUGCAGUUGCUUUGCCUAGCUACUCUUUCUUGACCUUAUAGGUCGUUUUUGACUUAGUGCAAUAUUAGGUAAAUGAUCGAGAUCGAUGAGAUGGU